AUGGACAGGCCGAAUGAAACCCCCAGCAAUCCCCAGGAUCUGCGCGACAGAAUGGCUCGGUUCAUUGAUUUCAUCAACACGGGCGACGAGGCCAUAGGCAAAGAAGUAGUUUCUGAAUCAGCUAUAUUCCAUGUCCCUUUCGGCAGCGAACCUCUUAAAGGGCUUGGUGGCUAUAUGCAGAUCCUCGGCAUGAUGCGAUCCGCCUAUCCUGAUAUCCAGUGGACCCUAGAGGAAACUGUUGUUGAGAAGGAUACUAUUGUUGCACGAUUCAACAUUUCCGGCACUCAUCAAGGGGAAUUCUUUGGUUUCCCUGCGUCUGGUAGUCAAGUUCGGUCACAAGCUAUGAACAUAUACAGAUUCGCCGACGGGAAGAUCGUGGAAGAACGUGGCCUUCCGGAUAUAUUUGGAAUGCUGGUACAGAUCGGAGCUAUUCCAGUUCUUGGGCCCAAAUAG